GGGAGUUAAUGGUGUUAUUGAGUCGCUGGAAAGAGCAGAGAGACAGAUGGGUCGGGUGGAGGGCGUGAAGGCUUUAUAAGAGCUCGCAAAUUAUGAAAAACAACCAGAAACUGAAGUAGGAGAUCCAAAGACAGAUUCAGCUCAUCAGACAGAUCUGCUGCAGUCAUGUGUGUUGCCCUUCACUGUGUGUUUCUCUGUGUUUCUCUAGCACUCGGUGCUUGUUAUGAUUCUCAGGAGAGCCAGGAGUCAUUUGAGGUAUUUGUGAAUCCGUAUCAGGCGAAUGCUUUCAUGAGGAGUCCACAAGAGUCCAUCUACAACCAGUAUUUCUACAGGAGUAAAGAAAAGCAGCUGAAGUUUACAGAAUCUAGCAGUUUUCAGAGAAGACACCUCAAAGACGGAGCAGCUGGAGGAGUGGAGGCAGCCGAGCGUCGGGCCGAGAUCUGUGAGGAUUAUUCGCCCUGUCGUCUGUUCGCGAUGCGCUAUGGAUCUCCGAUAGCUUAUCAAACGUACUUCAGCGCUCAGCAGCUCAAGCCCAACCCACAUCAGCGUCGCUACUGAGCCCCGCCUCUACGUUUGCAUACGACCAAUCAUGCUCUUCAUUUUAAAUAAUCACGUACAGUUCGAUUAAGCCCAGACACCUAUCCACAUAUACAUGUCCUUCUGUGUGUCAUGGGUUUGCUACUAACCUCCUCUCGCUCUCUGAUGAUGGGCUGGUGUGCCCAGAUAUUUACACAAAACUGACAACUGUGCUUUUGCUUCAAUAUUCACAAUCUACAAUCAUGAUGGCACAUGUAUUUCUUGAUAAUCUGCAUUUCUUAAUAGAUACAAAAAAAAGAGUAGUCACAUGACAAUGUUUCCAGACAAUGUGAUGCAGCAGUAAAUCUGAUCACGGAUGUUUACAUUUGUCUCUGUUUAUCACAAUUAAACGUCUGCAAACCUGAAA